AUCGUUUUCUAAAGUCGAACGGUGUUCUUAGAUCCGUGUAGUAAAGCAGCUGCAAUCAGUUGGUAAUUUAGAGAGAGAGAGAAAUAGCCACGUGAUUCCGGAUAUAGCGGUUACGACAUUACUUGUUAGUUACUUACCCUCAUUGUCCCAUGUCGAACGUUCUCAGACCAUAUCUUGCGGCUGUUAGAUCCACUUUGACUGCUGCCCUUACCUUGGAGAACUUCUCGAGCCAGGUCGUAGAAAGGCAUAACAAACCAGAGGUGGAAACGGGAGGUUCAAAAGAAGUCCUCCUCAAUCCCUUAAUAAUCUCCCGUAACGAGAAUGAGCGUGUCCUAAUCGAGUCGUCAAUCAACUCGAUCCGCCUCAGCAUAAAGAUCAAGCAAGCAGACGAGAUUGAACGUAUCCUCUGUCAUAAGUUCACUCGUUUCAUGAUGCAACGAGCAGAGAACUUCAUCGUGCUGCGGCGAAAACCUGUACCCGGAUACGACAUAUCCUUUUUGAUCACGAAUACUCAUUCUGAAACCAUGUUGAAGCAUAAGAUCGUUGAUUUCAUUAUACAAUUCAUGGAGGAAGUGGACAGAGAAAUCAGUGAAAUGAAGUUGAGUUUGAAUGCCCGGGCUCGUAUAGUUGCGGAGACUUAUCUCGCAGCCAUUGCCACGUAAAAAGGUGCUCCUUUAUCAUAAUCCAGACUUACAACGGCCAUGUUCCUCGUUGUAAACUACUUUG